CUCGUGACAGUGUCAACAGUCGAGCGAAGCAGGGACUACUUAGUUCCACAACUAGCGAAGUGAAGAACAUGGGUCUUCACGAAGCUUUGAUGUUCGCUGAUCUUCUUCAUUUUUUGCGAGAGUGAGAAGUUGAGCUGCAGGAGAGGGCCGUGAGUACUUACCGCGAGCGGAGUGAAAGACGAUUGGUCGAAUGCUCAAACGACGUGAUAGACUGAAGACCACGCAAAUGUGACGGAGUCGAGUGUAACAAGUGAGCGUGUUGUUUGCAAAAUGAUGUUUCCUUUAUUUACCCACCUGGUCAGUUCGCAGAUCGUAUUAAAAGUUUAAGUUUUUAUUUUUCAAAAGUUAUCGGAGAGUUGAGUUGGAGACGUCCUACCUCUCAGUUGCACACAGAAAUAUGAAUAUCGGAUACAGGAUGUUGAUGUUGUGCUUUCUGGUCUGAAGCAAGCCAAGGGCACGUGACGUCCCUCUUUGCAUUCGCUCUUUGAUUCUAAUUGACUUCUGACAGAUUCCUCAUUCUCUCAAGUCACAGCAAGAUGUUGGGCACGGUGCGCAGCGGAAACAAAGAAAUCAGUGCGAAGGAAAAGAAGGAGAUCGAGCGCCUACGCACCAUUGCCAAAGGGACAAGUGAAGACAGCAAACGGAAAUAUGGGCUGUCGGACGAGGAUAUCAUGGUGCUCUGUAAGUACAAACAGGGAGCGCUGUUGGAUCUGGGAGAUCUCGAGAUGCUUCUCCCGCUCGUCUUCUCAAUAAAGCAGCAGAUUCAAAGGUAUUUGUUCGUAUUUUAUGACUAUGCUCCGUUCGUAUACUUAUACUUCCGCCUCUCGAUAUUUUUGUCUGCCUUUCCGUUUUGGCGUUGAAAUUUGAAUUUCAGCAUGAGCAUAAAGAAAUUUCAGUACAAUUCAAGCGAACAGUAGCAUUCUUUUCUUCUUCAGAAGAUUCUUCCAAGUCCAACCAAGCAACUUUCAGGUACCCACAGUAUCACUACAAGAAGAUCGGGCUGGAGAUUUCGAGUGAUUGGGAAGCCACGCGGUCACGAAUAGCCAUCGACGAGGGGGUUUACAAAAUGUACAUCGCGAUUCCGGUCCACGCACGAGCAGAAUACUCAAGAUGGACAAUACGAAACUCCCCCUUCAUGUACACCGGAUUCAUAGAGGUAAAAUGCACGUGGACGUGGUCACGAAAAAAGCAUUCUACAGUCUAAGUCGUUCUGGAUUCAAACAUUUCUUUGGAAAUAAUUGCGAGGUCACCACGUUAAUAUGUAAUGACAUUGCCUUGUGUAGUUUUUGUGCGUCGUCGGGACGCGAGAUGACGGUGACGCUAGACAUGGACGCCUGGAAGACGAAGAUGAUCAUGAUGUCCAUUGAAACGAAAAUUCAUUUUGUUUUUCCGAUCACAACUACUUACUAAACUCUAAAAAUACAGGUAUACGAGGGGUACGGAAUAGACAUAGAGCUUCCGACUAAGGUCGACUUCAUCAUUUACGAGCCGACAGACGAAGCGAAGAAGCGGAGACAGCUGAGCGCAGAAGAUAAUUUUUGCCUCAAGCUGAUCAAGGAAAAGCACUUAGUUGACCCUGACGCCUGGAACCGGGUGCUAUUCAUCUAG